AUGGCGCCCGCCGAUGACGUCACGAUCCCGGGAGAAAAUCGCCCGUAUCUCCGCGACGCGAAGGCCCAGAGAGCUCAAAUUUGGGUGGCGAGGUCCCACGGGGGCCCUCGCUCGAACCAGGGCGGCGGCGGGCCCCGGGGACGCCCCCUACCGGAUCGCCGUUCGCCGGGACCCCCGACUUUGAACGGCUAUAACUCGGGGACCCGGGCGAGACCCCGGGGGGGCCACCUGGCCGUGCCCGAGGACGGUGCACCUCCCUGGGUGUGCCGUCAGAGCCUCCGGGGCCCCCGGAAGUCCCCGCCCACUGCACGUUUUCGGACUUUGAGGGAUUUUCGGGCCCCGAAUUCGAACGCCCGUAGCUCGGGGACCCGGGGGCCCAGAGACACCGGACUCGGGUCAAGUGUGGCGUCCCGGCGGGCCCCUCGCAAAGAGCCCGCCCCCGAGCCCCGGGGCCCCCGGGUCCCGGAGAAAAGGGGCCCGACGUGUCGGGGGGGCGCCUGGGAAGGAAAGGUCCCAGGGGCCCGGGGGAGGCGGGGUCCGAGAGGGCCCGUGGGGAGCCCCCGACACCCGAAAGGGCGAGCCGCUGGGACCUCCCCUCUCCGAGAUACGGGCCGUUUUCUCCGAAAGUCGCCCGCGCGUAACGGGGCCCAUCUCGGGACCGGGAGGUCCCAGCGGCUCGCGGCGGCGGGUGCGGGGCCCGCUCUCGGGGACCUUGCUCCUCCCGCCGUCCCGGGCCACGGGGACCUUCCGGUCCCGAGAUACGGCCACUUCCUGUCCAGCUUUGACCGGAGAGUCAAUGUUAGUCGCGCAGUUUACCCGACUCUGGGAACCGGGGCUUUGGGCUUGGGGGAGACCCACCGCUCGCCCCCUAACACGUCGGGGGGGACCAGGGGGCACCCGCCUGGACCCCCUCAGCCCCACUUCGGAGAACCAGAACGCUGGCCAGGGACCCCCACGGCGGUUGAAGAGAUCCCCCUGUGCCCAGAGCAUGGAGCCCCAACUCGGCUUUCCACACCACUCACACCGGUUCCUGCCUACCUUAAGAGAGUCAAAGUUACUCCCGCAGUUUACCCGACUCUGGGAACCGGGGCUUUGGGCUUGGGGGAGACCCACCGCUCGCCCCCUAACACGUCGGGGGGACCAGGGGGCACCCGCCUGGACCACCUCCUGCCCGACUCGGAGAACCAGAGCUCUCGGCAGGGACCCCCACCGCCGUACCCCCUCCUGCCCGACUCGGAGAACCAGAGCCCUGGGCAGGGACCCCCACCGCCGUACCCCCUCCUGCCCGACUCGGAGAACCAGAGCCCUGGGCAGGGACCCCCACCGCCGUACCCCCUCCUGCCCGACUCGGAGAACCAGAGCCCUGGGCAGGGACCCCCACGGCGGUUGAAGUUUGAACUUCUACCCGAGCGUGGAGCCCCAACUCGGCUUUCCACACCACUCACACCGGUUCCUGCCUACCUUAAGAGAGUCAAAGUUACUCCCGCAGUUUACCCGACUCUGGGAACCGGGGCUUUGGGCUUGGGGGAGACCCACCGCUCGCCCCCUAACACGUCGGGGGGACCAGGGGGCACCCGCCUGGACCACCUCCUGCCCGACUCGGAGAACCAGAGCUCUGGCCAGGGGACCCCCACGGCGGUUGAAGAGAUCCACCUGUGCCCAGAACAUGGAGCCCCAACUCGGCUUUCCACACCACUCACACCGGUUCCUGCCUACCUUAAGAGAGUCAAAGUUACUCCCGCAGUUUACCCGACUCUGGGAACCGGGGCUUUGGGCUUGGGGGAGACCCACCGCUUGCCCCCUAACACGUCGGGGGGACCAGGGGGCACCCGCCUGGACCACCUCCUGCCCGACUCGGAGAACCAGAGCCCUGGGCAGGGACCCCCAUCGCCGUACCCCCUCCUGCCCGACUCGGAGAACCAGAGCCCUGGGCAGGGACCCCCACCGCCGUACCCCCUCCUGCCCGACUCGGAGAACCAGAGCCCUGGGCAGGGACCCCCACCGCCGUACACCCUCCUGCCCGACUCGGAGAACCAGAGCCCUGGGCAGGGACCCCCACCGCCGUACACCCCUCUGCCCGACUCGGAGAACCAGAGCCCUGGGCAGGGACCCCCACCGCCGUACACCCCUCUGCCCGACUCGGAGAACCAGAGCUACAGCAAAGCCCUGGCCUCCACCCUCACCCGAGCACCGGCCGAACCCGGGGGUCCCACACUUAAGCCCGGGGCCGAGUGCCUCCGGCCUCUGCCCGACUCGGAGAUCCAGAGCUCCGGGCAGGGACCCCCACGGCGGUCCACCCUCCGUCCCACUUCGGAGAACCAGAGCUCCGGGCAUGGACCCCCACCGCGGUCCACCCUCCGCCCCACUUCGGAGAACCAGAGCUCCGGGCAUGGACCCCCACCGCGGUCCACCCUCCGCCCCACUUCGGAGAACCAGAGCUCCUGCACAGCUCUGGCCUACACCCUCACCAGCCCACCGGCCGAACCCGGGGGUCCCACACUUAAGCCCGGGGCCGAGUGCCUCCGGCCUCUGCCCGACUCGGAGAUCCAGAGCUCCGGGCAGGGACCCCCACGGCGGUCCACCCUCCGUCCCACUUCGGAGAACCAGAGCUCCGGGCAUGGACCCCCACCGCGGUCCACCCUCCGUCCCACUUCGGAGAACCAGAGCUCCGGCUCAGAUCCGGCCUCGGCCCGCUCCGGCGCACCGGCCGGACCCGUGGGUCCCACGCUUAAGCCCGGGGCGUUACUGUCCCGGCCGACCCGCGCCUCCAGAGAACCGCGCCACUGUGCCAGACUAGAGUCAAGCUCAACAGGGUCUUCUUUCCCCGCUGAUUCUGCCAAGCCCGUUCCCUUGGCUGUGGUUUCGCUAGAUAGCAGUUCUAAGCCGGCUGCUAGGCGCCGGCCGAGGCAGCGCGCCGGGUGGCCCCCGCCCAGACGCCCCCCCGCGAGGAGAGACGCCCGGACGGAGGUCCCGACGCGAGCCGUAGCUGCGGAGAUCCGCGAGAAGGGCCCGGCGCACGUCCAGAGUCGCCGCCGCGCACCGCGGCGCGUCCCCCCCGGAGAGCCCGCCUCGGCGCCGGCGAGACCGGGGACCCGGCCCCCCGCCCGACCGCCCGCGCCGGCCCCCCGCGAAGGAGACCGGCGAAGCGGGACGGGUGGAGGGGGACCGAGCACACCCGGCCCCGGCCGACGCCUCGGACGGGAACGGGAAGGGGCGCCGCGGGUCGGCCGCUCCCCCAGCCGCGGCUCGGGCCCAGCCCCGCUUCGCACCUCAGCCCGACCGGCCCAGCCCUUAGAGCCAAUCCUUAUCCCGAAGUUACGGAUCUGA